UCUCUGCAACGCUCAUGUGAGUUUCCUCAUCACGGUUCCUGUCUCGAGAGGGAAGAGGGAGCACUGUGCGUACGUUUCUAGAAACCUGAACAGAGUUAGCUACUUCUGGUCUCUCGGAUUGCGAGCUUUCUACUUCUCCUUCCCGCUCUUCCUGUGGAACUUCGAUUCUACUACAAAAGAAAUGGCUGCUUCAAGUGCUGUAACCGCUGACUACGUCCUCAAGCCACCUCCAUACUCUCUGGAUGCUCUGGAGCCGCAUAUGAGCAGACAAACUCUAGAGUUUCACUGGGGAAAGCAUCACAGGGCUUACGUGGACAACCUCAAAAAACAGGUUCUUGGAUCCGAGCUCGAAGGCAAGACCUUAGACCACAUCAUCCUCAACACUUACAACAACGGCGACCUCCUCCCUGCCUUCAACAACGCUGCUCAGGCAUGGAACCACGAGUUCUUCUGGGAAUCAAUGAAACCAGGUGGUGGUGGAAAACCAUCAGGAGAGCUUCUGGCUCUGCUUGAAAGAGAUUUCACUUCUUAUGAGAAAUUCUAUGAUGAUUUCAAUGCUGCUGCUGCCACUCAAUUCGGAGCUGGCUGGGCCUGGCUUGCUUGGGACAUCUGCAAAUCAAAUGCUUGCAAGCCAUGAUGCUCUUCGGACUCCCGUGGUAAAUGGGCAGAGGCUCUCUUUUGGAAUGACACCAAAGACUCGGAGGCAACCAAAACCUGGAGAGAUAAUGCUUUCUGUACAUGGCUCUCCUUUGGGUGUCUAUAAAGAAGAUGACAACAUGGGAGCUAUUAAUGAAGAAGACAGUUGAAGAUUGCUUCAAAAGGUUCAGAAACUUGCUGAUUCUCAUUUAGUCUAAGCUAAGCUAAUGUUUGCUGUGCAUGUCUAUUUAGAUUUCAUAAAUUAUGUUAGUAUAUAUAUAUAUAUGAAAAUUCUGCCUUGUAAUUUACCAAAAUGUGUUCAAGACCAUUUGUUUCCUCUCUUUUAUCUAACUAUUUUAUAAUC